AUGUUGGUCAAGGGUGUGGCGCAGGCGAUCCCUAUAUUUGCCAUGUCCAUGUUCUAUCUAACAAAAACUUUCUGUGUUGAGCUGAACACCAUGAUCGGUCGUUACUGGUGGAGCCAACAGGAGAACGAGAACAAGAUACACUGGGUCGGUUGGCCGAAGCUAACAAGAUCGAAGGGCAAAGGAGGACUUGGCUUCAGGGAUAUCCACGACUUCAAUAUUGCCAUGUUGGCCCAUCAAGUGUGGCGGCUGAUCCAACAACCAGAAAGCCUAUGUGCACAACUCAUGAAGGCCAAGUACUACCCGAACUGUACAGUGUUGGAAGUGGUUUUGAGUGCCAAUAUGUCAUAUGCAUGGAGGACCAUAACACAUGGUAUUGAUCUGGUAAAAAAGGGUGUGAUUUGGCGCGUCGGCGAUGGGCAGAACAUCCAUACCUGGGAUGAUCCGUGGAUCCCUAGAGCCUGGUCGAGGAAAGUCGUAACACCCAGAGGGGGUAACCUGUUGACCAGAGUGUCAGAGCUCAUUGACCCAACCACGGGAAGGUGGGACGAGGAACUCAUUAGAGAUAUGUUUUGGGAGGAGGAUGCCACCUUAAUUCUUCAGAUACCGCUACGUGACGGGACCGAGGAUUUUAUGGCCUGGCACUUUGAUAAUAAGGGCGUGUUCUCAGUUAGACAAGCCUACAAACUCCAAUGA